AUGGAGGGAGAAGAUAGUCAUGAUAAACAAACCCAGACUACCGUUGCGCCCAUUCAUCUAAAAUGGAUGCGAGAAGCAAUGUCGAUGGCGGAAGAAGCAUUAACACACAGUGAAGUCCCCGUGGGCUGUGUCUUUGUGCGGAACCACAGCAUUAUCGCCCGUGCGAGGAAUCGCACCAAUGAACUAAGAAAUGCUUCCAGACAUGCCGAGCUAGAAGCCAUCGAUCUUAUCAUUGCUGAUAAGCAGCUGACCCCAGAGUCCACUCAGUAUCCCCUGGCAGGCACUGUACUGUAUGUCACAGUGGAACCAUGCAUCAUGUGCGCUUCUGCACUUCGCCAGCUAGGCAUCAAAGAAGUCUUUUACGGAUGCCAGAAUGAUAAAUUUGGCGGAUGUGGGAGCGUUUUAGGUGUCAAUACAAGGCAUCCAGUUCAUCCAUCCUACCAAGCUACAGGAGGGUACCUCCGAGAAGAAGCCAUAAUGAUUUUGCGUCGGUUUUAUGUGACAGAAAACACGAACGCUCCUGUCCCAAAGCAAAAGUCAGCUCGGGUUCUCAAGACAGAAAUUCCCCCGGAGAUUCAAACCUGA